UGAGAAACAAAAACUGUUGCAACCAUUCUGUGACCAAGUGUACGACGAGUUUGUCGGAUUGGCGGUCAGAUAGAGAAUUUCUGGUGUGUCUGGAGAAAAAUUUAGGAAAUAUGACGCCAAUCUCUAUAUCUUUUUAUUCUACGGCACCUGUCCGACACCUCAACGGUCUUUAUUUGAAAGAAUCAAGGGAAUCACGUUAUUUCGAUUAGAAAUCUUUUAAGAAAUCAACAUAGUUAUGUCGGAGAUUAAGGACGAUCCGCGAGAAGUUCUCGUUCUUCUAAAUUCAUUGGGAUUUGUCGGCAUUACGGCAACUCAACUAAAAGCUUUUAUGAAAGACUUAAAGAUUUACAGAAAAAUCAAAGAACGUGAGAAACAACAACGUAGAGAAGAGAUGAAAGCUAAAAUAAUUAGCAAGCAGCAGGCCUUGAUCAAGGAAGCUCAUGGACACCAAAACACAGACUAUCCUUCAAAUAACAUUACACCUUCCGAAUCUUCAAAUUCUUUUGAUAAUGAAUCGUUGAUAAAACUCAGGAUAAGAUGUAUUCCUAAAGAGAAAGAUAUGCAAUUCCAGAAGCAUUCUAAAGAAACUAUUCUGAAAUUAGACAAGGAACUCACAGCAACAAAGUGUCACAAAGAUGAUGUCAUUCAAGAAUCUGAUAGAAUUUAUCGUGAACCAGAUCGUUUCGAUGCUAAAUCAUAUUUAAUUAAACAUCCACAAAGUGAAAGCAGACGAAAUGUGUCCAAGUAUUUAACAAAAGAUAGUCAUUCAACGGACAGAUGCAAGCAUGAUGCAAAAUUGGAGGAGCAAUUAAAACCGGUAGUUUCAGUACAGGAAUAUCCAGUAAAUAAAGCUGUUUCAUCAGACCAUGUGACCAAGGCGCGAGUAAAGAGUGCUACAUCAGAACCAGCUGGGAACGUACGCACGCAAAGCGCUCUAUCUACAAGAUCGUCUGUUAAUUCUACACGUAAAUCAUUUAUUCGGCCAUGGAGAUUGCAGUCGGAUGCGCAGAAGAAUGUAAUCAACAAGAAGUGUGAUCCUGUCGCUCUUUACCAAAAAUAUCAACAAGAAUGGGAGCGGAUAUCAUUCCCUGGAGAAGCAAAACACUCAAAAGUAAGAUGGGCUGUACGAGUAAAGAUGCUUGGUACAGAUCCACAUCCUAUGCCAGUUCCGAGGAAAUCUACUAAUAUGCCGAUAUUAAAGAAGAUGUGAUGAUAUAUAUAUAUACAUAGGGAGAGAGAUGGGAGAUUUAGGAG